GUGACAUGUUUUAUCGUCAAGAUCUAACUUUCCAAAGGUUUACAAUAUUAUGAAGCUCUUGGAGUAUCCUAGGUUAGGAACAACAAAGUUAUUGAUACGAAGAAGGGAUUGUUAUAAGAACUACGUCAUAUACUCUAGCUGGCCAAACUGACGUCAAGGAUUUGAUUGUGACUUCAAACGGAAAUAAUGGACGACCGAGGAGACGUUGCAACGUUUUCCCAUUGUGACGUCACAAUGACUACGUAUCAUGAUAUUUCAACUAUUCGCGCAGGACAACAUUGCGAUAUCGAGAUGCCUACAUCCAGUCAAGCCAUGAUUCUGAAAAGUAGGCAUUUGGACGAAAAAUUUACCGAUUUUCGCAAGCUAUGCGAGAGUGAGCGAGCUAGUCCAGUUAGUAGCGUAGACUUGAACGAUUUAUUUAAAGAAUCAUGUCGCGCUGUUGGAGAAGAAUUCCUCAAAUGCUAUCUCAAAGGUUCAAAAGAAAAGGUUCGCGCCAAACUGAUAAAACUUCUCGAAAAUAAAAAGUUGAUCUCCAAACUUCAAGAAGCAGCGACUUCCUCUGGGAAUCAUUCUGGGAGAGCGGGGUCCGAUGAACAAGUUGCUCACAGAGUGCGACCCAAGACCAGCGUCCCUGCAGCACAUCGCUCCCCGCGAGAAGAGCGGAGUGAGGCGAGGAGCAAGUCAGCUACUGGCGCCAAAGUAGAUGGACACAUACCGUUGGGGGUGCACACUGGUCUCCCGGAAAAUAUUGUAUCCCUGGGAUUCCGACGGCCCGCCAAAAAGUCGAUUCGACGAGGGGCAAAAUCUGCGCCGGCUGUCACUGAAGCCGAAGCAUGUCAUAUGCACAAAAAUGAAGAGAUAAAAAAAGAUGUAAAACCCAACCAUGAUAUUCGUGUAAUCAUCGCUAGAACUAAGAAAGAGGAAAUUGUUUUGGCUGAAACCUUGUCAGACGAACCCACACCAGAAAGCUUCACUCAAAAACAAGACGACGCAUGCGCUCAGUACGAAGAUCUCUGCCUUCCGGCGGUGUCCCUGAGGAAGAAACCCGCAGAGAAGCGACCGCUGACCGUGUGCUUUAGUCUUAGAGACAACGAGAGCGUCACCCAUAAGGAGUUGAAAGAUCACAUAGAAGCAGGGUUAGGGGUCAAAAUCAUGCGACUGCAGUACGAACCCUUGUCCAUCCGGUCAGGUGAUCCCAGCGUUAAUGGCCGCUGGCUCGCGACUCUGAGGAACCUCUUUGAAGUGGACACGGUGUUACGGAAAGGUUUCUACAUGAAUGGCGAUCACAUGAUCGUAAAACGCUGGAACGAUGUCGCCGAGAGGGAGUACCGGAAUUACAUGUAUUAUAAGGAUGUUGCUAAUGAACGAGAGAGGUGGAAUCUAACGGCAUCCAAGUCUGCCAAAAAGUUUCACAAAUCACGUUAAUAAGGUUCUAGAUUUCUGUCUGCAAUAAUUAAAUGCAAACUUCAUGCUUUCAUGACGAUAAAUGUCAUAUGUACAAAAUGUCAUGAAUUUCAUCUUCUAUCAUUUUUUCAUGUGAAAAUCUGAGAAUUAAAUAAAUCAA